AAAAGGCCCCGAUCGGCAGCACCACAGCAAAGCACCAAGGGCAGAACUGGAACAGGAUGAGACCACGCUGCAGCCACUCACUGCACGCAUCCAGCUCGGCACAGCAGUAACCCCACUGCUGCUCCCCUGCGCAGAGCACCAUGUGUUCCUAAACAUUUGCAGAUCAGGCUUUUCUUCAUGGGCUAACGCAUGCCUGUUUGCUCAUGCCUUACUCAGACUAAACUCCCAUUGAACUCAAUUAAGUCUGUCAUCUCCAGGAGCAGUCAAUGUCAUUUUUGCCCAAGUAUGGGAUGAGUAACGAGUGCUCUGAAUGGCCCUUGGAGAAUUGCAGCCAUUUUGUUGCAGUUCUUGGUCCAGAUUCUUGCAGUCAGCACCAGGCCAAGGCUGGAAGAAUGUGAUAUGGCCAUAUUAAUCACCCAGAUUGCUGAAUGUGCUGGAUGGGUGUGUGGAGGGCUGCACCAUUGGCUGACUUGUCCCAGAAUGCUUCAAUACAACCAAGUUCGGCAUGAAAAUUAGAAAAAUGUGUUUCUGAAAGGGAUGGGAUGCAGGGAGCAUCCUUAUCCUGAGUGGAGUGCCAGGAGGAUCCUGCUCCCUGAUCUACAUCCAUGUGCACUGUGCCAUGUGUACCUGACCUGCCUACAUCCUUGGUAUGUGCCGAACUCGUCCUUAGCAGCACUGGGCUUUCUGCCAUUGGGACCACAGAUCCCAGCACUGAGGCUGGGCCAUGGCCAGGGACUCGCAUGCAAUCACCAUGUUACCACCCCUCAGCCCUGCUGCUGGCCGGGUUCCCUGGGAUUCCAUUGGGAAAUCACAGCCGCUUGGGCCGAAAUGCCCAUCCCGGUGCUACAGGCAAGGAUGACUGUCCAGGGAGAUGGAGGGAACUGUGGGGUGUGAGGGAUUGUGGGGGAGUGUAGAGAGGGAUGAAGGUGUGAGGGUGGGGAUGAGGAGGGGAUUGGACGUGUUUGGAGAGGGAUGAGGGUCUAGGAUGGGGAUAAGGGUAUGAGGAUAAGGAUGAAAGUAUUUUGGAAGGAAUGAUGGUGUUUGGAGGGGGUGAGGGGGUGAGGAUGAAUAGGGGGAGGAGGGUGGUGAGGGGAUGCGGGUGAAGAAGGUGCAGAGGGGGGUGAGGAAGAGGAUGAAGGUGUUUGGAAGAGGAUGAAAGUGGAGCAAGAUGAGGAUGUGAGGAUGAGGAUGAGAAGGAAGAGAAUGGGAAGAAGGUGUUUGGAGAGAGAUUAGGGUCUAGGAUGGGGAUAAGGAUAUGAGAGCAAGGAAAAAGAUGAAGGUGUCUGGAGGGGGAUGAAGGUGUGAGGAUGAGAUGAAGGUAUCUGGGAAGGGGAUGAAGUUGUUUGGAGAAAGAUGAGGGUGUGAGGAUGAGGAGGGGGAGAGGGAGGAGGAGGAUGAAGGUGUGCGGCACAACACAGGGGUGUGUGGAGGGUGAUAGAAGUGUAGGGGAAGGGGUGAAGGUGUAUAUUGGGGGUGAAGGUGUCUAUGGGAUGAAGGUGUGCAGGAAGGAAUAGAGGUGUGCAGGAGACGAGCACAGGAGGAUAAGGAUGCGCUGAAGGCUGGCACAGAGCCGGAGCACCCCAAGCUCCGGGAGGAGGAGGAGGAUGAAGACUCCGAGAAGGCGCUCGCGGCGCCGGGGCCGCACUGCCCUUUCGUCCCGCAGUGUUGUGCUCCGGGGGGGGGUCGAACCGCUCCGUGUCCCCGCACUGCGAAUGGACAGGGGGUCGGCGAUCGGAGAUCGGGACCCGACGGGGCGAGAGUACUCGGGAGGAGGGAGGGAAGAGCACCGGGAAAGGAGGGAGGGAGGAAGGCCGAGGGAGGAGGGUCCGCCCUGCCCCGCCGCCUCCUGAUUGACUCCCAACUUUCUGCUCCUCCCUUGCAUAAACUUUCCUGUCCCUGCGCCUGGUUCCCUGCGCGGACUCCGGAGCUCGCAGCGCUCCCGCAUUCCUACCGCCCUACACCGGCCCAUCCCCGACCCCGGCCCCAGUUCGGUCCCGAUCCGCUCCCGGCUCCCGCGGCCGGCCCAGCCCUCCGGAGCACGGAGCAGGUUGCCACGUGUCCGUGGGGGCUCGGGCUCAGAGCCCAGAGCAGCCAGCACCAUAGCGUCCAACAGCUGGAACGCCAGCGGCAGCCCCGGGGAGGGGCGGGAAGAUGGCCAGGACGGGAUGGACAAGAGCCUGGACAAUGAUGCCGAGGGAGUGUGGAGCCCGGACAUCGAGCAGAGCUUCCAGGAGGCGCUGGCGAUCUACCCUCCCUGCGGCCGGCGGAAAAUCAUCCUCUCGGAUGAAGGCAAGAUGUAUGGUCGCAAUGAACUGAUUGCCCGCUACAUCAAGCUGCGGACGGGGAAGACAAGGACAAGGAAGCAGGUGUCCAGCCACAUCCAGGUUCUAGCUCGGAAGAAGGUGCGGGAGUACCAGGUUGGCAUCAAGGUCUCUAGCCACUUGCAGGUUCUUGCCCGACGGAAAUCUCGGGAGAUUCAGUCCAAGCUGAAGGCCAUGAACUUGGACCAGGUCUCCAAAGACAAGGCUCUGCAGAGCAUGGCGUCCAUGUCCUCUGCUCAGAUUGUGUCAGCCAGCGUCCUGCAGAACAAGCUCAGCCCCCCGCCUCCUCUUCCUCAGGCCGUCUUCUCUGCUGCCCCCAGGUUUUGGAGUGGGCCGAUCCCAGGACAGCCUGGGCCCUCUCAGGACAUUAAACCGUUUGCACAACCAGCUUACCCCAUCCAGCCGCCCAUGCCUCCAUCACUAGCCAGUUAUGAGCCCUUGGCCCCGCUGCCACCGGCCGCCUCAGCCGUGCCAGUCUGGCAGGAUCGCACCAUCGCCUCUGCCAAGCUGCGGCUCCUUGAGUACUCCGCCUUCAUGGAGGUGCCGCGGGACGCCGAAACGUAUAGCAAACACCUCUUCGUGCACAUUGGGCAGACGAACCCCUCGUACAGCGACCCGCUGCUGGAGGCCGUGGACAUCCGCCAGAUCUAUGACAAGUUCCCUGAGAAGAAGGGUGGCCUCAAGGAGCUCUACGAGCGUGGGCCCCAGAACUCCUUCUUCCUCGUCAAGUUUUGGGCGGAUCUGAACAGCACGAUCCAGGAUGGGCCAGGGACUUUCUAUGGUGUCAGCAGUCAGUACAGCAGUGCGGAGAACAUGACCAUCACAGUGUCCACCAAGGUGUGCUCCUUUGGGAAGCAGGUUGUGGAGAAGGUGGAGACGGAGUACGCGCGGUUGGAGAACAGCCGCUUUGUCUACCGCAUCCACCGCUCCCCCAUGUGCGAGUACAUGAUCAACUUCAUCCACAAACUCAAGCAUCUCCCGGAGAAGUACAUGAUGAACAGCGUCCUGGAGAAUUUCACCAUCCUGCAGGUUGUUACCAACAGGGAUACCCAGGAAACCCUGCUCUGCAUUGCCUUCGUGUUUGAGGUGUCCACCAGUGAGCACGGCGCCCAGCACCACGUCUACAAGUUGGUGAAGGACUAGGGGCCCUCGGGACAGGCGGGGGCUUGAGGGACUCGGGGACAUGGGGAGGGUUGUGCAGAAGUGCCGCCUGUUGUGCCCCCUUGGCCCCACCAGGAGUCAUUGGAAGAGAGGAGAAGGAGGGGGAGGAGGAGGAAGAAAAGAAAUAGCCAAAAAAGACUGACUUGCGAUCACAGAUGUUUUCUACUUUAGGAACAGUUUUUAAAUAAAUAUAUAUAUUAAAAAAAAAAAGAAGAAGAAGGAGAAGAAGAAUGAGAAUGAGAAUGGAAAUGUAGGGAGGAAGGAGAGGAGCCCGUGUCCGGCGCUGGAUGGGGAAUGCAGUGGUGCCGAUGAACCAGGACAUUGCAGGAUGUUGGAGUGGAGGAUGGUGCUGCUUUCGCCUCCCAGUCUGGGACCCCACAUGGUGUCACCGGGUCCACAGUGGUAUCCCUGGCACAACGGUGUGACCUGGCGCUGCGGGUGGUGGUGGGGACAUGGAGACAUCCCCGUGAGCCCAGGGCGGAGGUGGGAGCAGGGAGGAGAAGGGCAGGGGUGGUGGUCCUAGGCAGGAGAAGGGGACGGGAGAAGGCUGCAUCGUGCCUUGAUGAGGAUGGGUGUUUCUUGUUCCAUCCUGGUGGUGUUGGGAGCGGGAGGGCACCGACAAUGCAAAGCGUUGUUUAAUGGCUCUUUUUUUUUUCUUUUUUUUUUUUUAAAUUAAAAAGUGCUUUUUAAUUUUUUUUUUUUUUAAAGACACUGUGCUCAGAGUUGAGCUUUGUCCAUGCUGUGACACUCCACUGUGCCCGAGACCCUCUGCUGUCACCUCUGGUGCCUAUGGCUGCUCCGGUACCACGGGGCAGUGUUAUGGGGCUCAGGGUCACCACACUGCUGUGGUGUUUGUGCAUGCUUCCAGGAUUGCAUUCAGGCUCUUCACCAGCCCCAAACACCCCCUGGUGCAGCUUGCCAUGGCACAGUGGAUUUGCCUGAUUUAUUUUGCAUAUGUACAUUUUCCAUCUUUUUUUUGGCCUGUUUUUCUGUAUUGGCAGUUCUGGUGUCGGCUUUUUUUCCCAGUGGGAAGCAGCCGAGUUGGCAGGAGCAUGGUGCUGAGCUGUGAAUGGGGAGAGAGAGGGGACUGAGAGGGGACAGAGGAUAUGUGGGAUGCGAGACUGGGUCUGCUCAGAGGGAAUUUGGGACUACAGCCCAUAAUAACCGAAUGCACUGUGCCCAGUCCUGCAGGUUGCAAGGGGAGAGCAUCCCCAGGAGGGGUUGUGCAGGGUGGCACGGAGCGAGGGUAGGAGGGACACUUUGUCCCCCUGGAGUGGGAUUGAAGGCAGUGGGAGCUGCAGUGCAGAGUGUUUUGGGAUGAUGGAGCUGGGUAUCGAUGACGGGAUGCCGGGUGUGCAGGGGCAGCGCAGAGCUCAGGAAAUGCCCUUUGCCGAUGCCAUGCGUUGGGGCUCCAACCCAGCAGAGCCACCCCAGUGCCGGGUCCAAGGGAAAAAGGGGAAAAUCACAGGGACAGCCUCAGCCAACGUGCCCCAGGCUCUCAUAUGUAGCAUGUUUGUUUGUUGUUCGUGGUUGUGUUUUUUUUUUUUUUCUUUCACUCACUGAUCUAAACUCUGGGAAUCCAAGUUCAAACCUCCCACCAUCACACGGAGCUCUUUGUUAACUGGACUGCUUUGUGCUCCCUCCAUCCCACCAUCUACCUCUCUCUCCCUCCAUCCCUCCCGCUCUCCAUCCAUCCCUCCCUCUCUCUAUCCCUGCAUCCCUCCCUCCUGCCCCAUUUAGGACUCAGCCACAGCCCCAGAGACCCCUCCUUGCCCUCCCCAUAGCCCCUCCGUUCUCCUCCAGUGUAUUUAUGAAUUUCACAUGAAGUACUGUUUUAUUUUUUUAAAGACUUUGUAAAGCUUUACCAGGGUUACAAUCACCAUUUUUAGAGCUGUUGUCAGUCCACAAUGUUAAAAAUAAUAAUAUUUUUUUUUAUGUAUUAUAUUUUUUGUGUAUUUUUUUAAUCCAGCUGUGAUGGGUUGUAUCAUAUAUUUGUUGUGUUUACUGUAUCUGUCCAACUUUGAAGAGAGGAGACUGUGGAGCUCUGAGAAAACAACAGUCUGCUGAAAAAACAUUAAAAUUAUUUGUUCAUGCGUUGGCUCAA